AUGGCACUGACGGGGUGCAGCUGGCUCUUCCUCAGCGCCGCCUUCCUGAGCACGGGGGCCGAAAUCUCUAUCACCCCCGAGCCUGCCCAGCCAGCCGAGGGGGACAACGUCACACUGACCGUCCACGGGCUUUCGGGGGAAGUGCUUGCCUACAACUGGUACGCGGGGCCCACGCUCAGCCUGAGUUACCUGGUGGCCAGCUACAUCGUGAGCACGGGCGACGAGACCCCUGGCCCGGCCCACACGGGACGGGAGGCUGUGCGCCCCGACGGCGGCCUGGACAUCCGGGGCGCCCUGCCCGGGCACUCGGGCACCUACAUCCUGCAGACCCUCAACAGGCAGCUCCAGACGGACGUGGGCUACGGACACGUGCAGGUCUAUGAGAUCCUGGCCCAGCCUGUGGUCACGGCCAACAACACGGCACUGGUCGAGCGCCGAGACACCCUGCGCCUGGCGUGCAGCAGCCCCAGCCCCGCUGAGGUCCGCUGGUUCUUCAACGGCGAAGCCCUGCCCAUCGCCAUCCGCCUCGGCCAGUCCCCCGAUGGCCGGGUACUGACCCGGCAUGGCGUCCGCAGAGAGGAGGCGGGAGCCUACCAGUGUGAGGUCUGGAACCCGGUCAGUGUCAGCCGCAGCGAGCCCGUCAACCUGACCGUGUACUAUGGCCCAGAACGCGUGGCCAUCCUCCAAGAUUCCACCACCCGCACGGGCUGUACCAUCAAACUGGACUUCAACACGUCCCUCACCCUGUGGUGCGUGUCCCAGUCCUGCCCAGAGCCCGAGUAUGUGUGGGCCUUCAACGGGCGGGCCCUCAAGAACGGGCAAGACCACCUCAACAUCACUAGCAUGACGGCAGCGGUCGCCAUGACGAUUGUGCCCGUGCCCACCAGGCCGAUGGAGGGCCAGGAUGUGACGCUGACCGUCCAGGGCUACCCCAAGGACCUGCUGGUCUACGCCUGGUACCGCGGGCCUGCCUCGGAGCCCGGCCGGCUGCUCAGCCAACUGCCGUCGGGCAACUGGAUCGCAGGCCCCGCGCACACAGGCCGGGAGGUGGGCUUCGCCAACUGCUCACUGCUGGUGCAGAAGCUGAACCUCACGGAUGCCGGCCGCUACACCCUCAAGACCGUCACGUUGCAGGGCAAGACCGAGACCCUGGAAGUGGAGCUGCAGGUGGCCCUCUGGAGCCUCCUCUCCCCCAUCAGACCAGGCAUUUUUGGAAGCCCUGAGUCAGGGAUGGCAUCUCCCAGCUCAGAUGUGAACUUCCUGGGGUCAGGAAAUCCGUCACUGCCAGGCACCCCUUCCUUCAUCAAACCCUGGUCCUGGUCAACCUCCCUCCCCUGCAUGAGGACCAACGCCACCUUCCUGAACCUGAACCUGGCACAGGCUGAGCGAGGGGCCGCGGGAGGCUGGGGGCGGGCAGGGGAGCACGAGGGGUGGGGGCACCGGGAGCUCGUCCUCUACCCUCCCUGA